AUGGAUCGUGUUCGCUGUUUAGCUGGUGAACGAGAAAUACGUAAAUUACAAACACAAUAUGCAAUAAAUGAUUGUUUAUCAUUAACAAAAUUGAUGUUCUCCGUCUUAUAUGAUUGGACACCAGAACAAGUGAAGAAUUACGAAACAUCAUUACAAUCAUUACAAUUACCAUCAUUAAAAUUAGAAUCACAAUAUGAAGAUAUUUCGGAUGAUGAAGACAUGGGAUU